UACACGAAUUACAAUACGGUACAAUUCAUAAACAUUACGGUCGCCAUUUUACUAGUUGACUUUUGUUGAUGUGUUGUGUAAAAUUGUCAGGCGUGACGUCUUCAAGUGUCACAGAUUAGGCGUAGUUUAAUUCACACACUAUGCAGUAAGUUUUGGCGUACCGUUUUUUUUUUUCGUGUAUCGAGUCGGUGUGUAAGUAAAUUAUUCACAAUGAGCUACAGUAGACCACCGCCAAGAAUUGAGGGCAUGGUCUCCCUAAAAGUCGACAAUUUAACAUACAGAACAACGCCAGAAGAUUUAAGGAGAGUGUUUGAAAGAUGCGGAGAAGUCGGUGAUAUAUACAUUCCGCGGGAUCGAUUCACGCGAGAAAGUAGAGGUUUUGCUUUCGUCAGAUUUUACGACAAACGUGAUGCUGAAGAUGCAUUGGAUGCUAUGGACGGCCGUAUGUUAGAUGGCAGGGAAUUGCGUGUUCAAAUGGCUCGCUACGGGCGCCCGACAUCACCAUAUAGGAGGCGUCGUAGAAGGUCUCGUUCACCUCGCCGUCGUUCGUACUCCAGAUCUAGGUCACGUGGACGUCGAUCACGUUCAUAUUCUAGGUCUAGGUCUCGUUCACGCUCUGGUAGUAGAAGUUCAAGAGGUCAUUCUAAAUCUCCAAGUCGUUCCCGAUCAUAAGGUGUGGGUUCUUCAGUUGUGGAGUACAUGUCUUAAGUCAAAAUUUUUCUGAAGAUACUACCUAAUUUGCUUUUACCAUAACAAAAAUAAUUACAUCCUAUUUUAAACAACUAGUUUAAACUGAAAUGUACAUCAUUAUAAAUUAAUAAUUGUAGCCUAUAUAAGUGGUUUUUUGUUUUAACUAGUAACUAUUAAAAAUAUUCAUUACAAUUUCAUCAACGAAAGAAUCAAGAUUGAUGAUUUUAUUUAGCAUAUAGUAAUAAAAUAUCAAUAGACUUUGAAUUUUUUAUAAUUUACUUAUUUACUUAGUUAUUAUUAUUUAAUAAUAAAUCAUCAUUAAAUAGA